AUGGCGCCUCCUCCACGUUUGCGCAUUCUAUCCGUUGGUGGCAAUGCGAUUUCAGCCUUUCUCUCAUGGCGACUUCAGGCGACAACCUCCUGCGAUGUUACCCUGGUCUGGAAAUCCGGUUUUGACUCUGUAUCUCAAUACGGUGUCUCAUUUAAAUCUAAAGCAUUCGGUAACGAGCGAUUCAAACCUCGACAUGUUGUUCGUGCUCCCGAAGAAGCCUCAUCCCGCGAAAACGCAUACGACUAUGUUAUUCUCUGCGUAAAAGCCUUGCCCGACGUCUAUGACCUGGCCUCCGUCAUCGAAUCCGUCGUCACUCCCCAGCACACUUGUAUUCUCGUCAACACCACGAAUACACUCGGCAUUGAAGCUCAUCUCGAGCAAAGAUACCCGACCAACGUUAUUCUCUCUCUCGUCUCCAAUGUCGAAAUCUCCCAAACAGGCCCCAGCGAGUUCGAACAUCUGAGUUCGAGCGAGAUUUACGUGGGCGCAACCAACAAAUCAUCCUCUAUCCCCACAUCCAUCCAAAACGACAUGGCGGCAGCUUUGGCAAUGACUUUGAAUUCCGGUCAGGUUGACUGCAAGGUAUCGGACAAUAUUAGACAGGAGCAGUUCGAGCGAAUGAUCGGCCCGAUUGCAUUCCACCCCACCAGCGUCGUGUUCGAAACUUCCAACCACACACAACUCCUCGAAAAGACCGGCGUCCGUCAACUAAUAACGGGCAUUAUUGAUGAGCUGGUAGAACUCGCCACUUCGCUCGGUUGCUCAUUCCCCAGCGAUAUCCGGACAAAGACGAUCGAAAAAAUGACUGCAUCGGAAGCACCGAGUACAAUGUACCAGGAUUUCCAGGCCCGACGCCCUAUGGAGGUUGAGACCUUCCUUGGGUCACCGAUCAAGUUGGCCAUGGAUUCCAAUGUUCGCGUUCCCCGAAUUGAAACCAUGUACACUUUGAUGCACCACGCCAAUAUUGUCAACCAGAACAAGCCUCGGCAGGCUUCUCCACCUGCGUCCGUUAUGGGCCAGCCGCCUCCCCGAUUGUCUUCUGCGCCUCCGCAUCAACGACCCAUGAUGAACGGCGGUCCCCCAUCUAUGCGAGGAGGCCGAACGCCCUCGGGCAUGAGCAUGCCUUCGUCCCAACGACGAGGCCCACCCCCUGGUAUGAUGCCAAGAGGCCCUGGUGGACCAAUGCCGAUGCCAGCCAACCGAGGAGUUCCGCGCGAUACAUCGUUGGAAGGACUCGAAGAAUUCAGCCAUUUGGUGGUAUACGAUGGAGAGGGCGAGCCUGGUGCGCCGCACCAGAAUGGUAAUGGGUACUCUGAUUCAGCACCGGGCCCUGCGUCCGAACUGGUAUUACGGGAGCGAGAGUUGGCUCUUCGUCAGCGUGAGUUGCAGCUUCGUGAACAGGAGAUGGGCAUGCGCCGCGGCCCUCCCGGCCCUCCCGGGCCAAUGCGUCGGGGACCCCCUCCUCGAUCGAGCCACGGUCCCGGUCCCUCCUUUGACGAAGAAGACGAGGAUUACUUCGACCCGAUGGACAACAUGGCCAUUCCACACAUCGACCCUGACAGUGUCGACAUGAUGAGCAUGACUUCCCGCCGAGGACGCAAGGGCCCUAGCCAGAGCCAAUUCCGCAAGAAUCCCGAAUUCUCUGUAACAGGCCCCGGAGGCCCCGGUGGCAGCCGCCCCUCAUCAUCAGCGUUUGGUCGUUACUUCGGCAGGAAACGCGCGAGCGAUCGCGUGAUGCAAGAAAUUCCCGGUCUCCAUGAUUCACUUAUGGACAACCCAAUGAUGAGCUACUCCUCCAACAGAUACGGAGCCGUUGACCGAAACCAGAUGCACGCGGAUUCUCGAGCCAACUCUUUAACGGCAAGCCACAUGGGUGACUACCCACCACGACCUUUCCCCACAAGCAGACGAAACAGCCAAUCCCCCGCAACUCCUUUCGGCGGACCUCAAGGACCCCAUGGACCUCCUGGUCCAGGCGGCCCUCGGAUGGGACGUCCUCCCGCUGCGAAUGACCAAAACCUUGGACCCCUUGGUGGACCUCACAAUGGGCAGCCUUCGCCGCCCGGUAACAUGCGUACGCCAGUACCGCGGUAUCCUCAAGGAAAUGGACCCGCGGUAGGGCCGCAGCAAGUUGAGCAACACUAUGGGGUGAGCAAUUUCCCGGCCAAAGGCCCUCCCAAGAACCAGAAUCUGACCGGAAGUGGGAGUGCCAGCGCGGGGAGUGGUGAUAGCGGAGCCAGUGCGAAUCUUGAUUCCGAACCCUCGUCUCACAGCAGCCAGGUCAGCCUGGGCAACCAGGGUAUUGCGGCGCCCGUUCGCUAA